GCUAGUGUGAGUCUGCUCUAAGAUUGGAGACUUUUAUGAACAAGGCAGGAGAAGAGAGAGACAAGAAAAGAAACCUUGCAGAUGACUGCUUUUCUUAAACGCAGGCCAAGAUCGGCCCUGGGAGCAGCCUGGUGCGCAGCCUGGACCAGAUUGAGACCCCAGCUACCUACAAGACCAAUACUAAAAGAGGAAAUUUUAAUGCCGCAGCUGUUCGAGAACUCAUACAUCAUAGACCAGAAUGGCAGCAGCUUCGAAGUCACGGGAGCGGGUACAUUUGGAAGGAAAUGGAUAGAGAAGGGGGUUUUGAGGGUAAAAGAUCUAUGGGAUGAAGGGAGGAAGAGAUGGAAGACAGAAGUGGAACUUCGAGAAGUUCUGGGAAGACUUCGAGAAGUGGGGUUCAGGCUAAGGGAACUAAUAGAAGCCAUCCCAGCGGAAUGGAAGGAGGAAUUAGCAAAAUCCAACCCCAGGACAGUGGGCGGCUGGUACAAGGAAGAACAACAGCAAGAGAACAACAUCCAGGUACUUAGGCUGGAAGAGAAGCUGGAAGAUGACGUGUGGAGUGUUACGAGAUGGGGCCUGGUAAGUGAAAGCAAUAGUGGUUCCAAAAUGCGGAGGAUCAGAGAGGAUAUCAUCAACACAGACCAACACCUCAUGCCGGUGCGGGUCUGCUUGAUACCAAGCCAAAGACGAGGAGGGGAGUACCUUCUAAUUCAGAACGGUGCGGCCAUUCAAGAGUUACGAUGGGACCCAGUUGCCUACUCAUGGAACGGAAUAGGACAUGACAGAAAGACGUUAGCUAACUACGACAUGAAGUUGGGAAGGCAAGUGCAGAAGCCACCGGACGUAAAUAUGGAGCAGAUCUGCGAAAGGCUGGCCAGAACCUUUAACAUGCAGUCGAACCCGUCGAUCCCAGAGUUGAAGUCGAUCUGGGCCUCCCUCCCGCAUCUCCCCAGCCUCAAACUCGCCGGUUUGAUGUGGUUGCUGUCGCAUUCUGCUAUCCCAUCAGCCAAGUGGUUGGCAGAUAAAGGCAUGGAUGUUGAUCGCCAGUGCCGGCAGUGUGGUAACACGCAAGAAGAGACUACCUACCACCUGAUUUGGGACUGCCCAACAUCCGAAAGAAUUUGGAGGUGGUUGGCAGACCAUUGGCAACGAUUAGGAUCUGCGCUGGUCUGGGACGAGAAGUGGGUGGUGGGGGGUCAGCUUCCUCCGCUCUUUUUCAGACAUAGAGGGUGGGGAUAUAUGGCACAGGCGAUCAGGUCAGCCAUCACCUGGGUCAUAUGGGAAGACCGGAACAGUAUUUUGUUUCGGGAGGAAUGGUCCUCAGACGUAGCUAUUCACGGCAAAAUUAAAACCCUGAUCAGGACAAUGGUGGUGGCGGAUUGGGUAAGACGGGCAGACAAGGGUCGGUUGCCAAACGGGAGGAGAUGGUUUCUCUUUACGUGGGCCAGAUCAAACCAACUGGCGGCGGUGACAUUGGAAGGUAAGCUGGCAUUGUCACCAUGGCUGUGCACUCAAGGGGGAGGCAGAAGGAUCCCGCAGUAACAGCAGACAGGGGUCGCAGAAGAACCAGAAAGAAGGGGAAGGAGGAAAUUCAACGGGAAGUGGCGGUCUUGGGGUGGGAAGGGUCGGACCUGGCUCCUCGGUCCUGAUAUAGGUCCGCAGGAGGACCGAAACUAUCAAUGACUAAUGUCUGAUGAUAUCAUUGAUAGAGUAGGGAGGAGAAAGAAUAGAAGCUGAGUCGAGAUAGACUCGGGGGGCAUCGUCUGUAACAGUAACAGGACAGUGCCCUGUGUGAGGACAUGGUGGGGGAGUGGAUAGAAGAGUAGGGGAAUAGGUGGAAGGGGUUGUAGGUAGGAGAAAAGGAGUGCUGGGGACUCUGGGUGAAGGUAACAGACGGCAGUAGGGCAGAUUGGUACUAUCUAGUUUAGCUUAGGUCUGAAUAAGUAGUAUGAUUAGGGAGUAGGGUUGUUGUGUUGUGGUGUUGCCAAGGUAAAGCCUUUAUUUUUGAGACAUGUUUGUGAGCGUCAUAAGCUAAACCGGCUGAUGCUGCCGGGAUAACUCCGGGUUGAAUUGUGAGGUCCCCAGCCUCUCUUCAAUGAAUUGGUAAUACAAUC